AGAGGCGGGGCGCGCGCGUCUUCGCCACUACCCGCUGCGGAGCGAACGGUGUGGAGCGGAGGCCGCGGCGGCGCAUCGGUCCCUCAGGACUUCUCAGCCCGGCGCACCCACACCCCUCACCCCCAGGAGCCGAAAAUGGACCCAAGUGGGGUCAAGGUGCUGGAAACAGCAGAGGACAUCCAGGAGAGGCGGCAGCAGGUCCUGGAUCGAUACCACCGCUUCAAGGAGCUCUCAACUCUGCGGCGUCAGAAGCUGGAAGAUUCUUAUCGCUUCCAGUUUUUCCAAAGAGAUGCUGAGGAGCUGGAGAAGUGGAUUCAGGAGAAACUUCAGAUUGCAUCUGAUGAGAAUUAUAAAGACCCAACCAACUUGCAGGGAAAGCUCCAGAAACACCAAGCCUUUGAAGCUGAAGUUCAGGCCAACUCGGGAGCCAUUGUCAAGUUGGAUGAAACUGGAAACCUGAUGAUCUCAGAAGGGCAUUUUGCAUCUGAAACCAUCCGGACUCGUUUGAUGGAGCUGCACCGCCAGUGGGAAUUGCUUUUGGAGAAGAUGCGGGAGAAGGGGAUCAAACUUCUGCAGGCCCAAAAGUUGGUGCAGUAUCUGCGGGAGUGUGAGGAUGUGAUGGACUGGAUCAGUGACAAGGAAGCAAUUGUGACUUCUGAGGAGCUUGGCCAAGACCUGGAACAUGUGGAGGUUCUACAGAAGAAAUUUGAAGAGUUUCAGACAGAUCUGGCUGCUCAUGAAGAAAGAGUUAAUGAAGUAAAUCAAUUUGCUGCCAAACUCAUCCAGGAGCAACACCCUGAGGAGGAGAUGAUCAAGACCAAGCAGGAUGAAGUGAAUGCAGCCUGGCAGCGACUGAAGGGCCUGGCUCUUCAGAGGCAGGGGAAGCUCUUUGGGGCUGCUGAGGUUCAGCGCUUUAACAGGGAUGUGGAUGAGACUAUCAGUUGGAUUAAGGAAAAGGAACAGUUGAUGGCUUCUGAUGAUUUUGGCCGAGACCUGGCAAGUGUUCAGGCUCUGCUGCGGAAGCACGAGGGUCUGGAGAGAGAUCUUGCUGCUCUAGAGGACAAGGUCAAAGCCCUAUGUGCCGAGGCUGACCGCCUGCAGCAAUCCCACCCUCUGAGCGCUACCCAAAUCCAAGUGAAACGAGAGGAGCUGAUUACAAACUGGGAGCAGAUCCGCACUCUGGCAGCAGAGAGACACGCACGGCUCAAUGAUUCAUACAGGCUUCAGCGCUUCCUUGCUGACUUUCGUGACCUCACAAGCUGGGUGACUGAGAUGAAAGCCCUUAUCAAUGCAGAUGAACUGGCCAAUGAUGUUGCAGGGGCUGAAGCCCUAUUGGAUAGGCACCAAGAGCACAAGGGUGAGAUUGAUGCUCAUGAAGAUAGCUUUAAGUCUGCAGAUGAGUCUGGACAGGCGCUGCUGGCAGCUGGUCAUUAUGCCUCUGAUGAAGUGAGAGAGAAGCUGACCAUCCUCUCAGAGGAGCGAACCGCCCUGUUGGAGCUGUGGGAGCUGCGCAGGCAGCAAUAUGAGCAGUGCAUGGACCUGCAGCUCUUCUACCGAGACACCGAGCAGGUGGACAACUGGAUGAGCAAACAGGAGGCGUUCCUGCUGAAUGAAGACUUGGGCGAUUCCUUGGACAGUGUAGAAGCACUGCUCAAGAAGCAUGAGGACUUUGAGAAGUCCCUCAGUGCCCAGGAGGAAAAGAUCACAGCACUGGAUGAGUUUGCAACCAAGCUAAUCCAGAACAACCACUACGCCAUGGAAGAUGUGGCCACUCGCCGAGAUGCUCUGCUGAGCCGCCGCAAUGCCCUUCAUGAGCGAGCCAUGCAUCGCCGGGCCCAACUGGCCGAUUCCUUCCACUUGCAGCAGUUUUUCCGUGAUUCUGAUGAGCUCAAGAGUUGGGUCAAUGAGAAGAUGAAAACUGCCACCGAUGAAGCUUAUAAAGACCCAUCCAACCUGCAGGGAAAAGUACAGAAGCAUCAGGCUUUUGAAGCCGAACUCUCAGCAAACCAGAGCCGAAUUGAUGCCCUGGAGAAAGCUGGGCAAAAGCUGAUUGACGUCAACCACUAUGCCAAGGAUGAAGUAGCAGCUCGUAUGAACGAGGUCAUCAGUUUGUGGAAGAAGCUGCUGGAGGCCACAGAACUGAAAGGAAUAAAGCUUCGUGAAGCUAACCAGCAACAGCAAUUUAAUCGCAAUGUUGAGGACAUUGAAUUGUGGCUGUAUGAAGUAGAAGGUCACUUGGCUUCAGAUGAUUAUGGCAAAGACCUUACCAAUGUCCAGAACCUCCAGAAGAAGCAUGCCCUGCUGGAAGCAGAUGUGGCUGCUCAUCAGGAUCGAAUUGAUGGCAUCACCAUUCAGGCCCGCCAGUUUCAGGAUGCUGGGCAUUUUGAUGCUGAAAACAUCAAGAAGAAACAGGAGGCCCUUGUGGCUCGCUAUGAGGCUCUCAAGGAACCCAUGGUUGCCCGGAAGCAGAAGCUGGCAGAUUCUUUGCGCUUGCAGCAGCUCUUUCGUGAUGUGGAAGAUGAGGAGACAUGGAUCCGUGAGAAGGAGCCCAUUGCUGCAUCUACCAAUAGAGGCAAGGAUUUGAUUGGAGUCCAGAAUCUGCUAAAGAAACAUCAAGCUUUACAAGCAGAAAUUGCUGGACAUGAACCCCGCAUCAAAGCAGUGACACAGAAGGGAAAUGCCAUGGUGGAGGAAGGGCACUUUGCUGCAGAAGAUGUGAAGGCCAAGCUCAAUGAGCUGAAUCAGAAGUGGGAAGCACUGAAAGCCAAAGCCUCACAGCGGAGGCAGGACCUAGAGGACUCGUUGCAGGCCCAGCAGUACUUUGCCGACGCCAAUGAGGCUGAGUCCUGGAUGCGGGAGAAGGAGCCCAUCGUGGGUAGCACUGACUAUGGGAAGGACGAGGAUUCUGCUGAGGCUCUGCUAAAGAAACACGAAGCUUUGAUGUCAGAUCUUAGUGCCUAUGGCAGCAGCAUCCAGGCUUUGCGAGAGCAGGCUCAGUCAUGCCGGCAACAAGUGGCCCCUAUGGAUGAUGAGACUGGGAAGGAACUCGUCCUGGCUCUCUAUGACUAUCAGGAGAAGAGUCCUCGAGAGGUCACCAUGAAAAAAGGAGAUAUCCUCACUUUGCUCAACAGCACCAACAAGGACUGGUGGAAAGUGGAAGUGAAUGAUCGUCAGGGUUUUGUGCCAGCUGCAUAUGUGAAGAAGCUGGACCCUGCCCAGUCAGCCUCAAGGGAGAACCUCCUGGAGGAGCAGGGCAGCAUUGCGCUACGGCAGGAGCAGAUCGACAACCAGACACGCAUAACUAAGGAGGCCGGCAGUGUAUCUCUGCGUAUGAAACAGGUGGAAGAACUAUACCAUUCUCUGCUGGAACUGGGUGAGAAGCGUAAAGGCAUGUUGGAGAAAAGCUGCAAGAAGUUUAUGUUGUUCCGUGAAGCGAAUGAACUACAGCAGUGGAUCAACGAGAAGGAAGCUGCUCUGACAAGUGAAGAGGUUGGGGCAGACUUGGAGCAGGUUGAGGUGCUACAGAAGAAGUUUGAUGACUUCCAGAAGGAUCUGAAGGCCAAUGAAUCCCGGUUGAAAGACAUUAACAAGGUGGCUGAGGACCUGGAAUCUGAAGGUCUGAUGGCAGAGGAGGUGCAAGCCGUGCAGCAGCAGGAGGUGUAUGGCAUGAUGCCCAAGGAUGAAGCAGAUUCCAAAACAGCCUCCCCGUGGAAGUCUGCUCGUCUGAUGGUUCACACCGUGGCCACCUUCAAUUCCAUCAAGGAGCUGAACGAGCGCUGGCGGUCUCUGCAGCAGCUGGCUGAGGAGCGGAGCCAGCUCUUGGGCAGUGCCCAUGAAGUACAGAGGUUCCACAGAGAUGCUGACGAAACCAAAGAAUGGAUUGAAGAGAAGAACCAGGCUCUGAACACAGACAAUUAUGGCCAUGAUCUAGCCAGUGUUCAGGCACUGCAGCGCAAGCAUGAGGGCUUCGAGAGGGACCUGGCAGCUCUUGGUGACAAGGUAAACUCCCUUGGGGAGACAGCACAACGCCUGAUCCAGUCCCAUCCUGAGUCUGCAGAGGACCUUAAAGAGAAGUGCACUGAGUUAAACCAAGCCUGGACCAGCCUGGGGAAGCGCGCUGACCAGCGCAAAGCUAAGCUGGGUGACUCCCAUGACCUGCAGCGCUUCCUUAGUGAUUUCCGGGACCUCAUGUCUUGGAUCAAUGGAAUACGGGGGUUGGUGUCCUCAGAUGAGCUAGCCAAGGAUGUCACAGGAGCGGAAGCUUUGCUGGAACGACACCAGGAACAUCGGACAGAAAUUGAUGCCAGGGCUGGCACUUUCCAGGCAUUUGAGCAGUUUGGGCAGCAGCUACUGGCUCAUGGGCACUAUGCCAGCCCAGAGAUCAAGGAGAAACUUGAUGUUCUCGAUCAGGAGCGGACAGACCUGGAGAAGGCCUGGGUACAGCGCAGGAUGAUGCUGGACCAGUGCCUUGAGUUGCAGCUGUUUCAUCGGGACUGUGAGCAAGCUGAGAACUGGAUGGCCGCCCGGGAGGCCUUCUUGAACACUGAAGACAAAGGAGAUUCACUGGACAGUGUAGAGGCUCUGAUCAAAAAGCACGAAGACUUUGACAAAGCUAUCAAUGUCCAGGAGGAGAAGAUCGCCGCCCUGCAGGCCUUUGCCGACCAGCUCAUCGCUGCUGGCCACUAUGCCAAGGGAGACAUUGCAAGCCGGCGCAACGAGGUCUUGGACAGGUGGCGCCGCCUGAAAGCUCAGAUGAUUGAGAAAAGGUCAAAACUUGGAGAAUCUCAGACUCUACAGCAGUUCAGCCGGGAUGUGGAUGAGAUCGAGGCUUGGAUCAGUGAGAAGUUACAGACAGCCAGUGACGAGUCAUAUAAGGAUCCCACCAACAUCCAGAGCAAACACCAGAAGCACCAGGCCUUUGAGGCAGAGCUGCAUGCCAAUGCCGACCGAAUCCGUGGAGUCAUCGACAUGGGCAACUCCCUCAUUGAGCGUGGAGCCUGUGCCGGCAGUGAGGACGCUGUCAAGGCCCGCCUGGCUGCCCUGGCUGACCAGUGGCAAUUCCUGGUGCAGAAGUCAGCUGAAAAGAGCCAGAAGCUCAAAGAGGCCAACAAGCAGCAGAAUUUCAAUACUGGAAUCAAAGACUUUGACUUCUGGCUGUCUGAGGUGGAGGCCCUUCUUGCAUCUGAAGAUUACGGCAAAGAUCUGGCUUCUGUGAACAACCUGCUUAAAAAGCAUCAGCUGUUGGAGGCUGACAUAUCAGCCCAUGAGGAUCGCCUGAAAGACCUGAACAGCCAGGCAGACAGCCUGAUGACCAGCAGCGCCUUUGACACUUCCCAAGUGAAGGAGAAGCGGGACACCAUCAACGGGCGCUUCCAGAAGAUCAAGAGCAUGGCGGCCUCCCGGCGAGCCAAGCUCAGCGAGUCCCACCGCCUGCACCAAUUCUUCCGGGACAUGGAUGAUGAGGAGUCUUGGAUCAAGUAUGAGCUCUGCAACCUCGCAGUGACUCCCCAAGGCCCAGGGGGCAAGGGGUUUCAGGCUUUCCAGAUUGUGAGGACACAGUGA